AUGCAGUCACAGUGGAUUGAAGCGAAAAUUUCGGAUACUUGGGAUCAUGAUCAAGCUACGAAACGUCAUAAAGAUCGAUUAAAUGAAAUCAAAAACAAAUCUUCUAAUCGAAUAGACAACUCCCCGCCUACAACUCGUCAAAUUAUGCAGCAUAAAGCGAAAUCUCAGUCAUCAUUAGAUCUCAAAAAAUGCAGGGAAAUUGAUAGAGAAAACGAAAAAAUUAUGACGAGAAUUAGCCAAAUUAUCACUGAUAAACGGUAUAAUUUCUCAUUUAACCCUGCGGCUGGGCCUAAUACGCUAAAUAGUGUAAAAAGAAAACGAGAAGCUGAAAAAAUUGCAGUUGAGAAUGAAAAAUUAAUUAAAAAGAUCCAGGAUUUGCAGUCAAACCUAAAUAAAAAGAAACUCUUAGGUGACUACCAGAACUUUGUCAAAUACAGUCAGCAAAUGUCGAAGUAUUGAAACAAAAAGAAAAGUUACCCCAAAUUUGAGGGAAAACCAAAUCGGUUACCACCUUUAGAAAACCUCGAUAAAAAUACACAUAAUUAUUCUCCUGAUGUCAAAAAAGGACUAAAAAGAUAUGCAAGCGAGAAAUCAUUUAAAUUGAGACAGAGUGAAGCAACCCCGAAAGGUGUGAAAUCCGAAAUCCAAUCGGCUAAUAGAGAGCAGGAAAUUAUAAAAGAAAUUGAUAAAGAAAACUUAAAAGAAUCUGAUAAAAAUAAAGAAAACGAGCAGGUGAUUGCAAAUAGUGAUGAAAAACAAGAAGAAGGUAACGGUUUGGUUUAA